AUGACACCAUAUAUCCCAACAAGCGAUCCAGCGAAAGGAUUUUGUAAAAUGAAUUUGGUGGGUAGGACCAUACGCUUUAAUGGACGGAAGGUCCUUUUAAAGUCACAAAAACAGGGUCUUCAGGACGCACUUAUUGAAUCUGUUGCACUACUUUGUCGUAACUGCGGGCAUGAGAUUGUCGAAGGUUCAACGCUUACCAGUGAAAAAAGUGUGAAAGCUAUACGUUCAUAUAAUAUGACUAUUUUGGGCCGCAGCCAGCUCGUUCAAGUCUUCGAAAAUGCCGUCCCUGAAAAAUUCGAUGUGAUAACUGCUUCAACCGCUGAAUUGAGACUUGCAGGUAAGCCUUUCCUAGCGGAUACUUGGUGGCCGAAUUAUGAGUGGACUGUUUGUGUAUGCCCUAGCUGUGGUUUUCAUUUGGGAUGGUAUUUCCAAUCGGGUAAUAUUCAAUCAAAAUUACAUAAAUCAUUCUUUGGGCUUGUGCUGGAUUACUUAAUCAGUGAAGAAUGUAAGGAUUUAAAUAUGCACGUUUUAUGCUUUGAUGAAAAUGAUUUUUAG